UCCGAGGAGCCAGGCGCGUUCGCCCUUCUGCUAGCUAUGCUGCUGCGUCACUUCCGGCGCGUGCGUCCGGCGUCUGUCCGCCGCGGGAUGGCGUCUCUGAGGAGUUGGCUGUCCCGGAGUGUGGUCUCCCUGUUCAGGUACGGACAGCGUGUGCCUGUCUUGGCUAACCCUAAGAAACGCUGUUUCUCAGAAUUGAGAAGACCAUGGCACAAAACUAUGUUGGCUGGAUUCGGUGUGACACUGUGUGCAGUCCCUAUUGCUCAGAAAUCGGAGCCCCACUCUCUUAGUAACGAAGCACUGAUGAGGAGGGCUGUGUCUUUGGUGACAGAUAGCACGUCUACCUUUCUGUCGCAAACCACGUACGCGCUGAUUGAAGCAAUCACCGAGUAUACUAAGGCUGUUUAUACGUUAGUGUCUCUGUAUCGGCAAUAUACAAGUUUACUUGGGAAAAUGAAUUCACAGGAGGAAGAUGAAGUGUGGCAGGUGAUUAUAGGAGCCAGAGUUGAGAUGACUUCAAAGCAGCAGGAAUACUUGAAGCUGGAAACCACGUGGAUGACAGCAGUUGGCCUUUCAGAGAUGGCUGCGGAGGCUGCCUACCAGACAGGAGCAGAUCAGGCCUCUAUAACCGCCAGGAAUCAUAUCCAGUUGGUGAAGUCGCAGGUGCAGGAGGUACGCCAGCUCUCCCAGAAAGCAGAAACCAAGCUGGCGGAAACGCAGACACAAGAGCUGCACCAGAAAACACAGGAAGCCGGUGACGAGAGGGCUGACCAGGAAGAGGAGGCCUACCUGCGUGAAGAUUGAGGGCUUGAGCCCACUGCCCUGCCCACCCACUCAGUGGGGAAAGCGGAUGGAUGGCAUCCACCUAGUGUCACCCAGCUCUGCAGAGGCAGCAGGUUCUUCCUGUGCCAGUCAGUCCAUAAGCCUUUUGUGAGCUGUGCCUGGCCCCUUCUCUCUGGCCUCAGCCUUUAUGGUCCUGGUUCGCAGCCCUUGGGCAUGGUUCAACACGGUGCCCUCAGCACAGCUCCUCCCUUGCUGAUCCUUUUACCUCACACCUAGAGCUUCUCACCAACCUGGGCCUGAGGAGGAGGGGCCUUUCCUGACACACCUUUUACGUUCAAAAGCUGUUUAGCUACAGUUUUAAAUAUUACUCAGAUUUCAAGUAUAAUUUAGUGUUUGCUCCUCCACAGAAAAGGGGGAGCCUGUCUGGUUUGUAAAAUUUCUUUGUUUAUGAGCACAACUCAGCUGAGGAGCUACUCAGAGCACGAACAGUGCUCACUGGUGCUCCCCACAGGAUCUUUAACACGUGCUUCUUGUUCACUCCUUCUUUUCUUUGAGU